GUCUCAACACAACCACUUGAUCACGACAACGCGCCACCAUAUCAUCAUGUCUUCGCGAAAGCGAUCGCUGGCCGAACUGUACAAUUCCCAGACACCAGCGCGACAUGCUCCCUCGACACCGCAUGCCCUCCAUGCCCUACAACAACGAAGCGGCGCAAAGACACGGUCGCAUCGGAAAAGAAGGGCCUUGAGCGAGGACUUACGACCGGACUCUGUGAGAGGAAUUCUGCGGCGCCUCGCAAAGAUCACAGCACCUGUAACGAAGAAGACUGUACCCACUCCUGUAACUGCGCGGGGUAAAGAAAACCAGGGACCUGAUCCAGACGGGACCGUCAAGGAUGGACUGAGGAGGUCACAAUUAUUCUUGGACGUGGAUGACAGUCUGGACGAUAUUCCGCUGCCCGUCCACGAGGAAGAGGAGGACAGCGAGCUUCCUGUUCCACCAACACCAUCAAUACUUCCGGGCGAUGAUGUUGACCACAAUUCCGAAACCCAUCAUGACCCAACGAUCACAUUCAAGUCUAUUGACUUCGCGGCCGCUAGCAAAUCUCUUGCAGAUGUUGAUCGUCGCAGGUCCAGAAUGUCCAUUUUCAGUUCCCAUCAACAAGAGGUGGGAGACGACGACGACGACGCUACAAUUUUGACUGAAAUCGGGAGAAGAGCAAUCAGCGAGGAGCCUACCGGUCGACUCUCACGUUACAGUUUUGGCAGCAUUAGGAUGAGCGACUUCGGCUCUGAACUAGAGAUCCGCAGAGAAUCAGGCUUUCACGACCACACAAACACCGGCAAAUUGUUGCAACCACACGGCGAGUUAGCUUUUGAAGAUGAAUCAUAUGAUGUUGGCGGAGAGACAGAACAUUUGAAUCAAUUGCAGAAGUCCCCAACCCCGCCUGCAAUCGAUGAGAGCACUAUGAAUAUUCCAGGUUUGGACCAGAGCUUCCAAUUCGAGCUGGUCGACACAGAAGCGGCUGCCAGCCAUGCCCACCGGGAUCCGACAAUAUUGGUGGGGGGCACACCAUCUAUACAGUCGCCGGGCGAUAAUAUGUCGACGGGAGCAUCAUCUGGCCUAGAAGAAGCGUCUCCACAUCCGGAUCCGGACAUAGAAGUAGCACUGGCGCCACAAACUCGUCGGAAAAGAGUGAAGAUGACACGGCAUGGAGAGAUGGUCCCUGCAGUCCCAUCAAGCCUGAUCAAAAGGGUGGCCAUUGAUUCCCAGUCACGGCUUGGCAACCGUAAACCUAAGCUCGGAAAAGACCAUAUGAAAGCCCUAGAGCAAGCGACAGAAUGGUUCUUUGAACAGAUCGGCGAAGACCUUGCCGCCUAUUCGAACCACGGUCGGCGCAAAAAGCGAGUCGAUCGCAGUGACGUUCUCAUGCUGAUGCAGCGACAGAGGGUGCUUCAGGGCGAGGGUGAGCUUCAUAAAGCUGCUCGCGAACUGCUCCCAAAAGAGGCGCUGGCCGAGUUUGAGGAGAAUGGAGAGUAAUUUGAUGAACGGGUUUUGAUGGGGUUGUCACCAAUUGGUGACAUGCCGGACUCGUCGGGCUCUGUCCACAGGUUUCUUUUUGAGAAGCAUCCACAUCAUCAGUGUGGUGGCGGCAGAUAAUGAGUACCUAAUGACUUGAUGAGAGAUGAAACCACUGGAUACCAAACAUGGCAGACUUACCAUGUGAAUAUAUACUGG